AUGAGUAUUCAUAUCAGUGAUGAAGAAGCAGAAGGAAGAAAUUUUGAUCAAAAAAAUAAAAUAAGUAGUCAUGAAAAAAAUCAAAUCAUAAACAACUUUAUUAUUAAUUAUAACAUGAAAAAGGAAAAUGAUAUAAACCAAAUAAAUGAAAUAAAUGAAAUAAAUGGAACUAAUCAAAGUGUAAAUAGAAAAAAAAAUAUGGACACAGUUUAUAAGAAUAUUAUAAACAUGUCAAACAACAUGACCCAAAUGUAUAAUAGUAUGAACAACAUGUCACACAAUAUAAUCAAUGCGUCACAUGAUAUGAUGGACGCUUCAGGAAAUAUAAACAGUCAUAUAAAUGACACGAAUAAUCAAACAAAUUAUAUGAUGAGCAGUCAUAUAAAUAAUAUCGAGAAUGAAACAAAUAAUAUGAUGACUAGCCAAAUAAACAUCUUAAAUCAGAAUCCAUAUAUUAGAACCAGACACAUAAACACUGACGAUAUGAACCAAUUAGACAACAUCAGUAGUCAGACAUCCCCUAAUAUUAAUAAUAACUGCACUACAAAAUACAACGAUAUAAACAACUCUUAUGUGAAUGUUCUAUACUUUAGAAAAUUAAAAUUAAAUAAAAAGUUGUUUGAAAAAUUAAAAAAUAAAAAUAUUGUAAUAUAUUUAAAAUAUAAAGAUAGCACGUGUACUAGUGAAAAAAUAGAAAUAACCGAUCCUGAGAUUAAUAAUUUAUAUUUAUGCUUUUUAGUUACAGAACCGUUUUUAGAAAACGAAAAGAAAAUUGUUAAAAUCUAUAUCAAAUGUUUUAAAGAUGGCAAAUAUAAAAUAUUAUCGUUUGGAUUUGUAGAAUUAAAUUUUGUUGAUUUUAGUGAAAAAUUUUAUAGAAAAAAAAGUUACAUGUUAUGUUAUGAUAAAAAAAAUAAUAAAUAUAUUUUUGGUUAUUUCAUAUUAAUUCUAGCAAAUCAAAUAAAAUGGAAGGUAUGUGAUAAUAAAGUAUUUUAUGAAUAUAUCAAAAAGUCCUAUUUUGUAUCCAAUCGUAAGAAUUAUGAUCAACAAAUAUUUUAUAUAUGUAAAAAAAUACAAAAAAAAUUAUUACAAUCAUAUUAUACAAACACAACUAAUCCUUAUAGAAAUUUACAUAAUCAAGCUUUAUUAAAACAUUUUAGUGUCACCCAUAGUUGCCCAGGUACUUUUAGUCUGAAUACUACUAAAAACAAAAAUUCAUACGAUCAUUACAAAAACGAAAAUGAUAUAGAAACAAAAAAUCAAAAUUAUCUUUAUGAUAUUAAAAAGUCUAAAUCAUUAAUACCUUUGAAUCUUAUGAAAAAUGACAUAUUAUAUCCACAAUUAUCUCAUGAUAAUUAUAAAAUAAAGAGCAUGAUACAUAAUAGUUAUAAUAUUGCAAAUUAUACUACAUAUAAAGAAAAAUGGGGACAUGAAAAUUUAUAUGAAAUGAAAAAAAAUAAUUCUAUUCAAGAGAAAAAUGAUAUGUCAAUGAAUUUUAAAGGUAUAGAAAAAGGAACAGCAAAUUUUUUAUUAAAUCAUGAAAAAAAUGAACAAAUUAAAGAAUAUAAAGACAAGUAUCAAAAAAAUAAUACUUAUCAAAGUGAACAAAAUUGUGAUAUCAAACAAUAUUAUGAAAAAAAUGAACAAAUUAAUGAAUAUAAAGACAAGUAUCAAAAAAAUAAUACUUAUCAAAGGGAACAAAAUUGUGAUAUCAAACAAUAUUAUGAAAAAAAUGAACAAAUUAAUGAAUACAAAAACAAGUAUCAAAAAAAUAAUACUUAUCAAAGUGAACAAAAUUGUGAUAUCAAACAAUAUUAUGAAAAAAAUGAACAAAUUAAUGAAUAUAAAGACAAGUAUCAAAAAAAUAAUACUUAUCAAAGUGAACAAAAUUGCGAUAUCAAUACUCUUGAUAUAAAACAAGUCACAAAUCAAAUAGAAGAUAUUAAAAGUGAACAAAAUAACGUAUAUUCAAAUAUAACAGAAAAUCCCUUUUUUAAUACCGAUGAAUACGAAAUUAAUCAUUCAUUCAAUAAUAUACACGAAUAUAAUGAUACAGAUAAAAAUGAAUAUAUAAAAAAUAACGUAGAUAACGAAGAAGAGGAAUCAAUAGAAAAAAAUAUUUUUGAUAAUAUUAUAUGUGAAAAGUUGCAGAACAUUCUAAAUAAUGGCAUUGAAAGUUUUAUACAAGAAAUACAAUUCAUACUUGAACAUUUAAAGAAAAAAAUAAUAAAAAAAAAUGAUUAUUUCUUAAAUCAAUUAAAAAAUGAUCAUAUAUAUGAAUAUAAUCCAGAAAUGAAUUCCCAAAACAUAAAUGAACAUAACGAAGAAUAUACAUUAGAAGAUUAUAUAAUUAAAUCCAAAUAUAAUAAUAAUGUAAAAAAUGAUAUUAUGAGUAUAUUACAAAAUUGUUUAAAUACCACAUUAUUAUAUAUUAAAUGUAUUUUAAAAGAUACUAACAUAAACAAGCAAGAAAAAAACAUUUUUGCAGCAUAUGAAAAUAUCGUUAAAAAUAUAAAACAAGCUGUAUCACAUUAUGUAAUCGAAAAUGAAACAUUUAAUCAUGAUAUAUUAAAUACGGAUAUAUUAACUCAAAAUAAAAAUAUUUCUUUACAUACCUCUCUUUCAAAAUCAAGAAACUCUAUUACAAACAAAAAUUGUAAAUUAACAAAAAUAGAAAUUCAAGAAAAUGAAAUGGAAUCAGAUAAAGAAAAAUAUUUAGGUCAUUAUAAUAAAACAUCAAAUGUGUUAAAAGAAAAAAAUAACAUGAAUUCAUACAUUAAUAGUGAUGAAACAUUAAGUUCAUCAUCACUAUCAACUUGUUCAAAUGAAUCUCACAAAAAAAUAAAACUUAUGAGUAGACAAAUAGAACAUUUCAAAAUGAAUUCAUAUAUAAAUGAAAAUAUAUCAAGCGCUUUCAAAUAUUAUGAACACAAAUGGAAGAAUAAAUUGGCAAAAAUUGGGGCAUAUAUAUAA